GCAAUAUCUAAGCCUGCAAUUUAAUCCAGUUUAUUGAUUGUUCUAGAUAUAUUGGCACAUGAUGUUGUGUGUGUCUCUCUCUAGAAAUGAAGAACAAUCAAAGUAAAACAGAAACAAUGGCGUCGCUAGUGUUUCUCUUUCCAACGCGUUUUUCUUCCUUUCAGAUUCAAUACAAUAUACAGUUAGUUAUACACACACACAUGUAUAUAACCAACUCAAUUUCAGCCCUCACCAAAAUUCAAAUUCAAAAUCAAUCAAUUUCAUGGGCAUCUGCAUCUCCUCCAAUUCCAUCUCCGCCUCCGCAACCGUAAUCGCCGCCACCGGAGAGCUCAUCCGCCUCCCCCUCCCCACAACCGCCUCCGAAGCACUCCAAUCCCUAAAUUCCCCCCCGAAUUCCUUCUUCCUCUGCAGCUCCGACAGCCUCUACUUCGACGAUUUCAUCCCGCCGCUCUCCCCCGCCGACCGCCUCGACGCCGCGCAGAUCUACUUCGCCCUCCCCGCGGCCAUGAAGGCGAGCGCCGCGAUGGACCAGAUCGGGCGCCGGAAGAAGAAGGCGCGGAUCUCGCCGGCGGAGGAGGACGAUCCGCAGUCGAAUCACUCUGUUACGUAUAGGAAGAGCUUCGGCGGCGGUGGUGGAAAGACGGCGGCGGCGGUGUCGAGAUCGGGAUCGUUGAGGAAGCUAGGGAGAUACUCUUCGCGGCGAGCUAUGCAGGCGGUUAGAUCGUUUAAGAAUAAGCUCUCCACCAUUAACGAAGCUUGAGCUUCAUAUUUACUGCUUGAUUUUGUAUUAAUUGUAAAUUACUAAAGUAUUUCAUUUAGCAACUAAACUUCUUCACUAUUUCAUUGAUGCAAAUUGUAACGCAAUGCAAUUUAGGUUUUGACGCUAAUUAAGAUUAUUAAUUAUAGA